AUGGAACAAGAUAAUGGCCGUGCGGCAGGAGUUACACGUUUCUUAAGACAAGAAGUCGUGUCACGACAUGCCGACCUGCUCUUGUUCACCUGCUGCUUGACCUCUGGUCUGGUGGAUAGCACAAUCUACAACGCUUACGCAACAUUUGUCUCAAUGCAAACCGGAAACACCAUCUUCGUUGGCCUAGGAACAUCAAACCAGAAUUCACGCCCAUAUGGCUGGGCCCGCUCGCUCACAUCGAUUGGAUGCUUUGUCUUGGGUGCCUUUUUCUUUGCGCGGCUUAACCAGUGGAUUGGGGCACACAGACGGGGAUCGCUGAUGCUAUCUUUCUUUAUCCAAGCCAGUCUGAUCAUGAUUACCGCAGUUCUGGUGCAAGCUGGUGUGGUCUCCAGCGCCAUGGAAUCGAGCCAGCUGCAAAGUACAACAAAGUGGGACUCUGAGGUGCCAAUCGUUCUCCUCAGCUUCCAGUCUGCGGGCCAGAUCGUCGCGAGUCGAGCUCUGGGAUACAACGAAAUUCCUACGGUGGUGAUCACAAGCCUUUUGUGUGACCUGAUGUCGGAUCCGAAGCUGUUCUUACUGCGGAACGAAAAACGGGACCGGCGCCUCGCGGCCUUUAUCCUCACUCUGCUUGGGGCUAUCGUUGGAGGCUGGGUUACUAAAGCCACUCAGCAGAUCUCGCCUGUGUUAUGGCUGGCAGCUGGAAUUAAGUUUUCAGUGGCAUUAUGCUGGGGUUUUUGGAAGAGCAAAUCAUAA